AUGGCAGAAAAAACAACCGGUAGCAGUAUUGUUGCACUGGAUGCAUACAGUCAUGAGAAGGGCGAGAUACGCGACGCUGAUGACUUGCGUCUGCAGCAAAUGGGUCAUACACAAGAGCUUGCUCGACACUUCAGUAUGCUGAGUUUGAUCGGACUUGCCUCAACAUGUACGAUCUCUUGGACAGGACUUGGCCUAGGCUUAGCGACCGAAAUUGGAGCUGGAGGACCUGGCGCAGUCAUCUACGGCUUCAUUCUUAUUGCCGUACUUCAAUCCUUCCUGGGUGCCUCCCUCGCCGAAUUUGUGUCGAGUUAUCCAACAAGCGGCGGCAUGUAUCACUGGAUUGCCGCAGUCUCUCCGGAGAGAUCAAGGGGCUUCCUCAGCUUCAUGACGGGGUGGUUCACGGUCACCGGCUGGAUCUUCACGACUGCCUCGACGAAUUUAAUUUAUGCUCAGACUUUGAUGGCUCUUGUCGCUUUGUACCGCCCUACAAUGACAAUUCAGACCUGGCAGACUUUCGUCGUAUAUCAGGUCUUGAAUAUCGUUACCGCCGCUGUUGUGAUCUGGGGUAACAAAAUCAUCCCGGCUUUGAACAAGUUCUCACUCUUCUAUCUUCAAUUCGGAUGGUUUGCGGUCAUGGUCACUGUGGUGGCAUGUGCACCCGCGCAUCAAGACUCUGAGUUCGUAUUCCGGACAUGGAUCAACGAGACUGGCUGGGAAAAUCAAGUCAUUUGUUUCAUCACUGGCCUUGUUAAUCCUCUAUACAGCUUGGGUGGCUUGGACGGAGUGACACAUCUGACAGAAGAGAUGCCUAAUCCAUCGAGAAAUGCACCACUCGCAAUUGCUAUUACUUUAUGUAUUGCUUUUGUCACUGGUAUUACCUACCUCAUCGCUUUAAUGUUCUCUGUGCAAGACUAUGCAGCCUUGUCGAGCACGAAUACCGGCUUGCCUCUUGCAGAGUUAUUCCAUCAGGUUACGAGAAAUGCUGGCGGAGCGUUCGGCUUGACUUUUAUCCUCUUCAUUGCAUUGGGACCCUGCGUCAUCUCGUCGCAACUAUCGACAGGCCGCAUGUUCUGGGCCUUUUCGCGGGAUGGCGCCAUACCUUUCUCAAAUACUUGGUCAAAGGUCAAUCACAAGUUGCAAAUGCCUAUGAAUUCACAACUGGCAGUCACGGUGAUCGUCGCUGCACUCGGAUGUCUAUACCUCGGUUCCAGCACCGCUUUCAAUUCGCUGCUUGGCUCAGCUGUUACGAUCAACAACUGCGCCUACUUGGUCCCGAUAUUAACAAACUUGUUGACCGGUCGAAGAAACAUGUACAAGGGCGUGUUUCAUAUGCAUGGCAUCAGAGGCUUUGUGGUCAACGCUGUUACUGUGUGUUGGCUGGCUUUCGCGAUUGUCUUCUUCUCCUUCCCCUAUUACAAGCCCGUCACUGCUGCAAACAUGAAUUAUACGUGCCUGGUCGUAGGUGGAAUUACAAUGUUCCAGUUGGCAUGGUAUGCGAAGGCUCGAGGUCGUUACAACGAGCGUAUCCAAAGAGCAAAGGAAGAAUAG